UGACGUUUUCCAACCCUCGCCUAAUCCGCAUGCCGCAUGCUGCAUGCUCUAUAUAAGCAAAUGCCAGGUUAUGUGGGAAAUAAACAUAGCGUUGUGGUGUUUGAUUUUUAUUUUCCCAUUCAAUGUUCGGAAUCAAAGUAGAGUUCACUUUCUACCCAAGGAGGAAAACCAUUUUGCACCCAAGGAGGAAAGUAAAUAUGCCUAAGAAAGGGAGAAAAUCCAUGGAGACAAGGAUGAAAGCAAUAAAGAGAGAGAUGAGAGAGAUUAGCAAAGAGCAAGAAAGCAUAAAAGAAGGGGAUUCGCAAGUUGGGGCCAAAUUGCAAGCAAUCAACGAUGAAUGCCAGCAGCUCCGCCGUGAAACUGACCAAAUCAUUCAAAAAGCCGCCAACAGUGAAAUCCGGUUAGCGCUGAUGUUUCAAAUCCUUAAGGCUCGUGAGGAAGGUGAUUUUGCAAAGGCUCAUCAAUUAACUGCACUGCUCCGUGAAGUUGUAGCCAUGGAUGAGUUAAUUGCACAAAUAGAAUCCUGAUUAAAUUAUAAAUAUAUUACAGUUUUGUAUCCUUUCUUUUUGUGAAAACAAAUUUAGUACUCAAUGCUAUCCCAAUAAAACAUUAAAUUCUAGAUUUGCAUGUAAGAAUAUGAAAAAUAAAUGUUCUAUAACACUUAUUUUUUGUCA